UAUGCUUAUUUGAUUUUGUGCUUCUGUUAGGAUUUAUAUAUCAUUCUUGGAAUCUUGAAGUUAUUCACUGAAGAACAUUUAGUCAUACAAUCGAAAAAAAGCUAUGUCUUCCAUGGAAAUUGAGAAGGUUUCUUUAGAAACCAAUGUUGGAUCUAUUCCAGUGAAGCCAAAAUUCGAGCCUUUGAAGGCUCACGAGAUGUCUGAUGGACGUGUUCAGUUUCGGAAGGUUUCUGUUCCUCCGCAUCGGUAUACACCUCUGAAAAAAGCAUGGAUGGAAAUCUACACACCAAUAUAUGAACAGAUGAAAAUUGACAUUCGUAUGAAUCUGAAGGCUCGGAAGGUUGAAUUGAAAACUAGAUCAGACACUCCUGAUGUCAGUAACCUACAGAAAUCUGCUGAUUUUGUCCAUGCGUUCAUGCUCGGGUUUGAUGUGAUAGAUGCAAUUGCUCUGCUACGUAUGGAUGAACUCUAUGUGGAUUCAUUUGAGAUAAAGGAUGUGAAGACAUUGCGAGGUGAACAUUUAUCUCGAGCAAUUGGAAGGCUGUCUGGUAAAGGGGGUAAGACGAAGUUUGCAAUUGAGAAUUCUACAAGGACAAGGAUUGUGAUAGCUGAUACCAAGAUUCAUAUCCUAGGAUCUUUUACCAACAUCAAAGUUGCUAGGGAUUCUCUUUGUAGCCUCAUUUUAGGUUCUCCGGCUGGUAAGGUGUAUUCAAAACUUAGAGCAGUCAGUGCUAGGCUGGCAGAAAGGUUUUGAUCUUCCGAAAUUUUGGGUUUUUGUUGAGGGUUUAAUUUAGAUGCUCAAUGUGCGGGAUAUAGUGUUGUUAUGUUUUGUUGACUAUUCAUUUGCUGAGAGA